AUGCUCUCUUAUAAGCUCCAGAAUGUAUUGGGUGUAGUCUACAGAGGAGGUAACCUUACCUUCACUCAUGAUGACAGAGACUUACUCUUAUCCCCAGUAGGAAAUAAAAUUACUCUAUUUGACCUGAAGAAUAACAAGAGUCAAACACUCCCUUUCGAGUGUAGGAGUAAUAUUGACAGAAUUGCACUCUCUCCGAACGGAAAGAUCCUUAUCAUGGUUGAUAUUGAUGGAUAUGGGCUGAUUGUCAACUUCAGACAAAGAGUUAUCCUUGCUCAUUUCAACUUCAGGGCAGCAGUCUCUGCAUUAGCAUUCAGCCCUGAUAACAAAUUCUUCGCGAUUGCUACUGACACAAGGAUCAGGAUUUUUGAGACACCCAGUUUGAAGAAAACCUUCGCACCAUUAUCACUAUUCAAGAAGUACAAUAGGAUGCAUACAGGGAAUGUGAUCAGCAUGAACUGGUCGGACGACUCAAGGUUCAUCGUGUCCACUUCUGAAGACAUGACUGUGAAAUUAUUCUCUCUUCAUAAACUAGACGGGUUUAUCCCAAUAACUUUUAGUGGAAAUAAGCACCCAAUCGUGAAUGCCUUCUUUAAUCAGACAACUGAGAGGAUCUUCUCACUUGCCAAGGAUGGAACCAUCCUUCUCUGGAAGUGGGUUGAUGACCGGUCAGAAGAGUUCAAAGAACAACUCAGAUUUAGCUACAAAAAGAGUGUCAAAAGAGUCAAGGUUGAAGAAGAAGACAGCCAAGAUGAAGAAGAAGACGAGGAAACUGAGAAUCCCUACUUAAGCGAAUUCGAGCAGAAGAUUCUCAAAGGCAGAUAUGUACUAGAGAAGAAGCACAAAAUCAAACUUGAAGGCAAUGCCAAAGUUGUGAUAGUACAGGCUUCUGAGAAAAUUUUAGCAGUCGGGUGCUCAAAUGGAACCUUUUCUUUGUAUAAUAUUGAUAACCUUGAGCCUGUCCAUGCCUUCCAGAUUUCAGAGAAUAAGAUCUCAAGUCUAGUUAUUAAUCACUCAGGAGACUGGAUCGCAAUGGCGAGUGAUAAGCUCGGCCAACUCUUUGUGUGGGAAUGGAAAUCUGAAUCUUAUAUUCUGAAGCAGCAAGGACAUACAGUUGAUGUUGAGCAUCUAGCUUACUCUCCAGAUGGAACAUAUUUGGCAACAGCAGGAGAUGAUUGUAAAAUUAAAGUAUGGAAUACUGACAAUUCAUUCUGUUUUGUCACAUUUAGUGAGCAUAAAGCAGCUAUUACUGGGCUAGAGUUCAUCACAAAUAAAGGAAAUGCUAUUGUAUCAGCUUCUAAGGAUGGAACAGUGAGAGCUUUUGAUUUGAUCCGGUACAGAAAUUUCAGAACUUUCACAACUCCAAAGCCAGUUCAGUUCACAAGUUUAGCUUGUGAUGGAACAGAUAUUGUAUGUGCUGGUGCCUUUGAUCCUUAUGAUAUCUAUAUGUGGUCCAUCAGGACAGGAGACCUAUUGGACGUCCUCUCUGGUCACACUGGACCAGUCUCAACCCUAAAAUUUGCUCCUACUGCUGACACUUUCCUUGUCUCUGGAUCAUGGGAUAGGACUGCAAGAAUUUGGAAUAUUUUUACCAAAAACACUCCUGUUGAGAUAAUCUACGAAGGAGCUGAUCAAGUGACUUCAUUAGACAUCAACUCAAGUGGCAAAGAGAUUUCUAUUGCUUUGCUCAGUGGUCAAGUAAUCAUCUAUGAUAAGGAGGAUGGAAGUUCCAGAACCACUCUUGACUGCUAUAAUGAUAUCAGAGGUGGAAGGCUCUCUGACGACAGAAAUAUUUCCAAGAGAUCCACAAAGAACAACUUUUUCAACUCUAUCUGUUAUAACUCAACUGGGGAGUUCAUUAUUGGAGGAGGAAAUAGUAAGAAUCUCUGCAUGUACAAUAUUCAUCACAAGGUUCUGAUGAAGAGAUUUGUAAUCACUGAGAACAGGUCUCUUGAUGGUGUCCUGAACAAACUCAAUUCAAAGAAGAUUACAGAAUUUGGAGAAGAGGAAAAAGAUGAGCUCAGUGAUGCUGAGUGGGACAAGACCGAUGCUGACAAUCUCCCAGGAGUCAAAAAGCCGAAUACUAUUAAGAGGAGAACUAAACUUGCUGUCCGUGUUAAGGAUGUCAAGUUCUCUCCUGAUGGCAAGUCUUUUGCCUGAGCUACAACAGAAGGAAUCAUUAUUUAUGGAAUAAAUAAUAACCAAAGUUUCUCUCCAAUUGACUUAGACAUUGAAGUAACCCUCGAAAAUUUGAUGGGCGAGCUGAAGAAAAGGAAUUACCUUGAGGCAAUUGUGAUGGCAUUGAAAUUUAACCAGGCUAAGAUUAUUGAGAAGACAUUUGAGUUAAUUCCUACCUCCUCAAUUCCAAUCAUCAGUUCAAAUUUCCCAGUUAAUUACAUUGAGAAGCUCAUGACAUUCUUGGCAUAUGAGCUUGAGCAUAGUGUGAAUAUAGAGCUUGCUCUUACUUGGUGCAAGAAUUUACUAAAAUAUAACGAUGAACUGAUCCAUAAUUUGAAAGAGCAGAAGCAGGGCUUUGUCAAAGCUAUUCAUAGAGCAUUGAAGUUCUACGAGAAUACCUUGCUCAAAAUCACCAAUGAGAACCUCUACUCUUUGAAAUUCUUAAUGUUUGAGGAACCUCAAGAAGAAGCUGAUGAGGAAUUAAUAGAAACAUAA